AUGGAUAGCAAUCACGCUGAUUUUGACUCAAGCGAACAAGCCGCUGCGAGAGAGUCGAUUGAGUAUCACCACGUUCGAUUUCACGGAAAUGCAGAGUACGACGAAAAUGGCCAAUCUUUUAUCCCAAAUCCUUCCCCAAUCGACUACAUAGGGCCACCAAGUCCCGCGGUCGAUGACGCAUGGCGUAAUCUCACCGGAGAGAGAGACUUUAUGAUUACAAAAGACGAGGCACGAGCGCUUUGGCCAGACGAAUAUGAGAUUCAUUGGCAUCAUAGAAAAGGAGGGUACACUGUGGGACUUGACGUCUUUCAUACUCUACAUUGUCUAGAUAACCUUCGAAAAUAUUACUAUCCUGAAUAUUAUUCAAUCGAUCCCGAACACAAAGAAGCAGCAUUGAAACAUAGAGGCCAUUGCAUCGAUCAAAUUCGCCAGUAUAUCAUGUGUGCCGGGGAUAUGACCGCCCACGGGACUCGAUACUACACAAACCCAGGGCGCAACUACGCCGACUCAGAUGUUGUUCAUACUUGUCGGAAUUUUGACAAACUGAGAGAGUGGACGAGAAACCGAUACCAUGCCGGUGGCAAGCUUCAUCUACCAGAUGUUGAUGUCUGGGAGCAUUGGAGAGGAGAGACUCAAGUGUUCCAAGAGUGA